AUGUUUACGAAUCCCGAUUCUUCGAACACCAGGCUCCCUCUCCAGAAACCAGCGUUUUCCUUCAGUACAAAUUCUCGUGCGAGUAACCUUUUACCAGCGGCACCGGGUAUGCAGCAACAGGAGCAGCAAAUGGAUGGAUCCUGGGAUAUGGGCGAUGAUGUAAGCGAUGCGACCCACAACGACAACAAUGACUCCAGGGUUUACGAACAAGAUGACAUGAUGACCUUCGAUUCAGCGCACCCUGGGAAUUCCAACACACAUCCCGAAAUUGACGCAUUUGCUGUCCGUUUAGACUCCUCUAGACUCCUCCAACCCGAUGAUGACCCGAACUCCGUUGAGGCGGCGCUUUCCGGCUUCGAUCUCAUCGACCGUUUUCAGGAAGUUUCCACCGCUCGUCUCGAGGAAAUUAGGAAGUACAUCUCCGAAGACUCCCCAGUUGAAGAUCAAGAAGAAUUGGCACAGUGGCAGCUGGAGCAUCAGACGUGGGAGCUAUUUGGGACUCUUUCAUCACAUAGAAAUGACGGCGAUGUAAAACCACAGGAAAUGCCGAAGGAUUUGGCGUAUACCAGUAAUGUGAGAUUCAAGGAAUUUCUUCUAGAAACAGACGGCAAAUUCAGGGAAUGGUCUUUGAUUCUACAAUGGUUACAGAAAUAUGCUCCAAGCCCAACGGAUGAGCUCGAAGAGGAGCCUUCUAGGUACGGGAGCGGAUGGAUGUACACCAAAGAGUCGCUAAAGUCGCAAAAACGGAUGGGUGGGAAGCGAUUGCCCAGCUUAACUGCGGGAUCGAAUCUCUUCUUUGCAGACAAGAUGGAGAAAAAGAAUUUAAUUACUGAACUAGACCCAGAUGCGCCAAGUAGGCAGCAGAAACAACUUGAAGCCGAAGAUGAAGAAGCGGAGAGAAACUUCAUGAGGCUCAUUUGGAAGUUUAUCAGAAAGGGGGAUGUUCAAGGCGCGCAUCUAGCGUGUGUGGACUUUGGGGAACUGUGGAGAGCUGCAAGCUUAAGCGGCGGCGAGGAAGCUUGGGACCCUUCAAUUGACGGACCAAGAUUUGACAUCGAUGAUGAUGAGAAUGAUUUGAGAGUUAAGGGUAACAGACGAAGGGAGUUGUGGAGGAGAAUGUGCUAUGCAAUUGCUCGCAAGCCGGGAGGUGAUAUUUGGGAAAAAGCGGUUUAUGGAGCGUUGUGUGGUGAUGUGGUCAGCGUCCAAGAUGUCAGUGCAACCUGGGAAGACAACCUUUAUGCACACAUCAAUUCACUUGUGGAAGAGUACUAUUCUAAAUACCUUGCCUCAUUUGGUCGUGUUCCAGCCUCGGCAGAAAAUUUUCCAAUCUUUAAUUCCACAGUGUUUCACUCUAAGAGCUCAUCGCUCUCAGACGAUAGUACUAUUCUCCCAAGAAUUAUUGAUUCGCUCGCCGCAGCAGAGGUUCUACAGCCCGAAUCGGGCCAAGCUCUUCGCAUCAUCCAAGGAGCCCUCAUCUCUGACCGUAUCGAGGAUCUUGUUGGGGAACUGCACAGACAAAUUAAGCUCUUAAAGGAAGACCGAAAGGCCAACAUCAGCGAUGGCAUCUAUAGGAUCGAAGUUACAAAUUCGCAGACUUUAAGAGUUGUUGUGCAUAUCAUACUCGUUUUACAAUAUUUAAAAUCAGCAUUUACUGAUGACUCGCCCCAACUCGAACAAGCGGAGUCCCUUAUCGCUGCGUACAUUGAGUUCCUCUUCUCAGAAGGCAAGACUAAACUUAUCCCAUUGUAUGCUGGACGUCUCACGUCAGAUAAGGCGAUCGAGGUGAUGGGUGGUAUCCUCAUGAACGUGAAGGAUGAGACCAGACUCGAGUUACUAAAGUUGAUGAGGAUGUACAACAUUGAUGUGGAGGGUUGUCUGAAAAAGACAAUGGACCUUUGUCUGGAAGUAACAGAGGAGAGGCAUACCAAAAAUAGCAGAUGCAUGAUCAGGCUGGAAGGACUGAAGGGUGAUACCGGAUUGCACAAUCCCAUUGAAGAAGAGGACGAGCUGCUUAUCAGAGGAUUGGAGUGGCUCAUGCUGGGUGGGGACGCGCUCAAGAGCGAGGUAGUCAAAAAGGGCGUAGUGGUGUACAAGAGAUUCUUUGUGACUGGUCGCCUUUCUGCCGCGAAGGUGGUCUAUGAUAAGAUAAACAGCGAAUCGAUCAUUAACUCACCCGAGUACACCGGUCAUACUACUACCCUCGCUCUUGAAUUCAAAAGAAUCUUCAAAGAAAAAGAAGACCGCUGGGCGCUCGAUGUUUACAAUGAAUUUGAGAUUUUUAUGCGAGCUCUCCUCGCCCUGGAAUCCUGGAACGAAAGGUUGAGCAAAAGACCUGAGCGUUCCGACCGUGCCUGGAGGGCCAUUCUCGAUGAAACAUUCAAGAAUGUGCAUACUAAAGUCCCGGGAGUGAUCAAGACAUGGCUCGACACCGCUAUUGAAGAAGCGCCACGAAGCCUUGAUACCGCGUUUCUUAUAAGUAUCCGUAAUAUAUACAUCCCCGAACUUACCUUUGCCAUGCACGAUGUUUAUGUGGAGGCCGGUAAAUGGCUCAGUAAGCAAUUGUUGGCGAACUGCCUCGAACUUGCGACAAUUGUUGCAGAUCCCGACAGAAGUGUGUUGGCGUGCUUUCAAGAGAAUGGAAGGCUCGAAGAAUAUGUGGGCGCUCUGGCGGACGCUAGUAGAAGUGUGCUUGGAACGGGAGCUACAAAGGGUUCUCUCACAAUAUGGAGGGUUCGGUAG